AUGACUACUGCUCAAGAACACAAGAUUAUUCCCAGCGUCGCCCUCUAUCCGCACUUCGUCUUUGCUGAUGCAUGCUUCCUGUCCGGCCCUGCUUCUCGAAACCUCUUAUCAUCUCCUGUCCGAUAUCUCGAGGAUCAUCUGAUAAGACACGUGGUUGCCGGUUUGAUGCUGUCGUUUCUCAACUGCUGUUUGAAGAUGCGUCGGAAGAUCACCCAGUGGAAAGAAAUCGAAGGUCGGUCGGUGACUUUGCAAUUGUGCUUAACUCACUUCAGAUGUUCAUAUGAAAUCUCUUUAGAUGCAGCAAGGGACCAGGAAAAGUCCCUAAAAUGGAUUGCGCCCGAAAACAAGUUGAUGAUGCAGGGCUUCGAAUGGCACGUUCCAGCUGACCAACGCCACUGGAAGCGCCUUAGAAAGGCUCUGUCCAGUCUUAAGAGUGCUGGAGUGGACAAUAUCUGGAUUCCCCCCGGCUGUAAAGGGAUGGAUCCAUCUGGAGCCGGAUACGAUGUUUACGAUCUAGCCACUCGCUGGGGUCCGAAGGAGGACUUACAGGAGCUUGUGCUGGCUGCACAACAUCACGAGAUGGGAAUUUAUUGGGACACAGUCUUGAACCACAAGGCCGGUGCGGACUCCAUCGAAAAGUUCACUGCCGUGAAGGUUGACCCCGGGGGCGGUUGGGUCGGGUUUGAGUUUGCCGGUCGCGGAGGGAAGUACAGCUCUAUGAAAUACCACUAUGAGCAUUUUACUGGAGUCGAUUGGGAUGACUUGCAGAAGGAGGGGGCUAUAUACAAGAUUGUUGGCCCUCGGAAAGACUGGGCUACAGAUGUUAGCGACGAGCAUGGCAACUACGACUAUUUGAUGUUUGCUGACCUGGACCACACCCACCCUGAAGUCCGCGCCGAUAUUUUUAAAUGGGCGGAAUGGCUGGGAAGCCAGCUACCAAUUAGCGGCAUGCGAAUCGAUGCAGCGAAACAUUAUUCGGCUGCUUUUCAAAGGGACUUUGUGGAUCAUCUACGGCAAACGAUUGGCGCUGAUUACUUCUUAGUAGGGGAGUACUGGAGAGGAGAGGUGAAUAUGCUUCUCAGCUUCCUCAAAUUGAUGGAAAAUAAAGUCUCGCUAUUUGACGUACCUCUGCUAGGGCGAUUUUCAGUCCUUUCCAAGGCAGAGGGGAGUGAUCUGCGCAAGAUAUUUAGAGGCACUUUGGUGGAACAGUGUCCAUCGCACGCAGUAACAUUUGUGGGCAACCAUGAUACGACAAUCAUCGCACCGUUCUUCAAGCCCAUGGCCUAUGCAUUGAUCCUUCUUCGCAGCCAAGGUCAGCCGUGUGUCUUCUACGGUGACCUCUAUGGGCUACUAGGUGACCCAACUUCCCCUUGCGUACCCUCUUGCAAUGGAAAACUCCCGAUUUUGAUGCGUACUCGAAAGCUAUAUGCUUAUGGGGAACAACAUGAUUACUUCGACAAGAAAAACUGCAUUGGGUUUGUGCGCUACGGAAAUAUCUGUCGUCCUUUCGGCCUGGCAUGCAUUAUUAGCAACACCAUCGCAACCCAUAAGCGAAUGUACGUAGGUGUCCACCAUGCAGGGGAGGAAUGGACCGAUGUGCUCGAAUGGUGCUUGGUGACCGUCAUUAUUGAUAGUUGUGGAUAUGGUAUAUUUCCGGUCGCUGCAAAGAGUCUUGGUGUUUGGGUAAACGCCAAAGCUAAAGGAAGGAAGAGCCUGUCCGAUCCAUUGUAA